AUGUCACUCGUUGGCGGAAUUGCAAUUUUCAAGUUCUUCAUCGCCGUCGUCGUCAUCGUUAUUGAGAAGCAUGAAGUGAAGCAAAAUAAUGAAAGAAGGAAAAAAAAAUUGAAGCAAGUUCUCAUUUCAGAUGACACAAAACUUCAGUUGCAAACACAACGCUUGAGGCAGAUGUUAAAAAUAAAUAUUUGA